UAUAUAUCACCAUGUCUUUAAAACGUAUUAACAAGGAAUUAUCUGACUUGGGCAGAGACCCCCCAUCUUCCUGCUCUGCCGGCCCGGUCGGUGACGACUUAUACCACUGGCAAGCGUCCAUCAUGGGCCCUCCAGACUCUCCAUACGCUGGUGGUGUCUUCUUCUUGUCGAUCCACUUUCCAACCGACUACCCAUUCAAGCCACCUAAGAUUGCAUUCACUACCAAGAUCUACCACCCAAAUAUCAACUCCAACGGUAACAUCUGUUUGGACAUCUUAAAAGACCAGUGGUCUCCAGCCUUGACCAUCUCUAAGGUGUUAUUGUCCAUCUGCUCCUUGUUGACCGACGCUAAUCCAGACGAUCCUUUGGUUCCUGAAAUCGCACACAUCUACAAGCAAGAUAGAUCCAAGUACGAAGCUACCGCCAAGGAAUGGACCAAGAAGUACGCUGUCUAAGUCUAGGCUAGGUGUUUAGAAAAAUGUAUGUCUGCCG